UGAAACACAAAAUUUGAAAACCCAAGAAAUCUAAAAUACCAUAUGAGAAAACUAAAAGAAAACUACCUGUUUUGCCCAAAUUAAGAAAGAAGAAAGAGAGGCAAGAUAAAAAUGAAGAACAAAAAUCUGAACCAAUUAUUCAAGAAAAUCGAAAUGUCAAAAUGGAACCAGAAUUAAUAUCGAUGGAACCGACUGAAGCUAGCAAUUAUAUUGCUCUAAGUCCAAAAGUGUUUCGAAAGAAAGUCUGGGAAUUCAAAUCCUUACCAAAGGAAGUUGAUUUGUGUAUGGGGAAAGGGAAAAAUAUAGUUAAGAAUUCGAUUCUUUAUAAAAGACCAGCUCUGGAUAUUCCAAAUCUGUAUCAGCAAACUUUAGAGUUUUCGGAGAGAAGUCUGAGGAAAAUAGUUCCUGAACCCAAAGCUGAAUUGAUUAAAACCAGUUUGCUCUCCGAUAAAUCGAAGAAUAUUAUAAUCAAAGAUCAGAACAGGUACAAAUACCCACAAAGAUGUAGUAGGAAAUUGGACAAACCGAUAGAAAGAUACAAAUACACUCCAAAAGUAGUAUCACCUCGGAAUUUUAAACCUGAACCUAAAACAGAGAACAGAUAUGUGUGUGCAAGAACUGAGGAAAAAAAUAAUACCGGUCAUUAUCAUGAAAUUAAAAUCAUAGAGAUAGCUGCGAAGAAGUUUGAAAAAGGUUCUUCGUCAAACCCCACCUCUAAACGAGACAAAAUGAGAAGCCUUUUAAAAAAACAUGUUGAAAAUGUCAAAGCAAAGGAAAACCCAGAAAAAGAAACUGGAAGUAAUCAAAUAGAAGAUAAAAUUGAAAAAAUAGAAAUAGAAGAGGAAAAUGGAAAAAAUCAAGAAGUACCGGAAAACAAUGGAAUUUAUGUCAAUGAAGAAGAAAAUGAGAAUAUAAAAUUAGUAACGGUAAAGAAAAUAGAUCUAGAAAGUAGCGAAUUAGAAGUAGCAUUAGAUUCAACACAAAAAGAAUCAAAACUAGAGGAAUGUGAAUCAGAAACUAAAGCAAAAGAAAAAGAGAUAAUUCAGUCUAAGGAAAAUGCAUCCAAGGACAACUCAGAAGAAACUUCUUCGGUAAAAGAAAGCACACAAAGCGACGAUUCUAAUAAAACUGCUCUAUUAGAAGAGAACACGGAAUAUUCACAGACAAAUAAGAAUGAACUGAAACGAGGAGUCUGGAAUUGUACUGGAUUACGGCAGCGCAUUCAAAACACAGAGAAAGGAUGGGUUCUUGUUGAAGUUCAAUAAAAUCCAAAAGAUCAAUGUACGUAAAACAGCUACAAAUAUUGCAAUGGGUUUUUGAUUUUUUAGACAUAUAUAAUUAGUAAUCUAAAUAUUUCAACAAGGAUUCUUAUCCUUUUUUAUUAAUUUACUAUUUGUAUUGAAUCAUUCUAAUAAAUAGUGCAAGUAUUAAAGUGCUUAAUUG